UAUCAGGUCCCCGCGGACCCGCCCGGACUCAGAGGGUCCCGGACCCGAGGAUGCGGGUCAUGAGGUCCCCAAGCCUCCUCCUGCUGCUCUCGGGGGCGCUGGUGCUGACCCGCAGCUGGGCCGGCCCCCACUCCCUCCGGUAUUUCAGCACCGCCGUGUCCCGGCCCGGCCGAGGGGAUCCCUGGUACCUGGAAGUCGGCUACGUGGACGACACGCAGUUCGUGCGGUUCGACAGCGACGCACCAAGUCCGAGGAUGGAGCCGCGGGCGCCGUGGAUGGAGCAGCCGUGGGUGGAGCGGGAGGACCCGCAGUACUGGGACCGGGAGACGCGGAACUGCAAGAACAACGCACAGACUUUCCGAGUGAGGCUGAAGAACCUGCUCGGCUACUACAACCAGAGCGAGGACGGGUCUCACAUCAUCCAGAGGAUGUACGGCUGCGAGGUGGGCGCGGACGGGAGCCUCCUCCGCGGGUACCAUCAGUCCGCCUACGACGGCAAAGACUACAUCGCCCUGAACGAGGACCUGCGCUCCUGGACCGCGGCCGACACGGCGGCUCAGAUCACCCGGCGCAAGUGGGAGGAGGGCGGUGUGGCGGAGCACAUGAGGAACUACGUGGAGGGCAGGUGCCUGGAGUAUCUCCGCCUGUACCUGGAGAAAGGGAAGGAGACGCUGCAGCGCGCAGACCCUCCGAGGACACAGGUGACCCACCACCCCAUGUCUGAGCGUGAGGUCACCCUGAGGUGCUGGGCCCGGGGCUUCUACCCUGCGGAGAUCACCCUGACCUGGCAGCGUGACGGGGAGGACCAGACCCAGGACAUGGAGCUUGUGGAGACCAGGCCUGCGGGGGACGGGACCUUCCAGACGUGGGCGGCCCUGGUGGUGCCCCGUGGAGAGGAGCAGAGAUACACCUGCCGUGUGCAGCACGAGGGGCUGCCCGAGCCCCUGACCCUGAGAUGGGUUGAGGAGGAGCGGCCUCCUCAGACCACCUUCAUCGUGGGCAUCGUUGUUGGUGUUCUUGUGCUUCUGGUGGCAGCUGUGGCUGGAGCUGUGGUGUGGACCAGGUGGCGCUCAGGUGGAAAAGGAGGGAGCUACGCUCAGGCUGCCAGCUGUGACAGCUCCCAGGGCUCUGACACGUCUCUCCCGGCUUGUAAAGCGUGAGGACCACCCUCGUGAGGACUGAUGGUGGCAUAUUUCUUCAGGUUCCCACUUGAUGACUCAAGAACCUCAGAUUGAAUAGCUGGCGAAUUCCUGCCCCACCCCCUCCCCACACUGUCCUGUGCAGCGGAGGGGGCAGGGCCCUCCCACCCCUGUCUGUACUUCCUGGUGCCUGAGCUCACCCUCCUGCUCCCAUAUUGAGAUGAGGCUCUGAUGUGACUUGGCUCACUUCUUGCCAUGAAACUUGAUGGGUUGAUUAGAGUAGAGAAUUUAUCCACUAAACCUACUUAUGUGGAUACAUAAAAGAUAAAGUUUGCCGUAGAAAACCGGCAAGAGUCUAUUAAAAGGGAAUUUUCAUAAAUGCCGAAGAAAUUGAUUCCUGAUGUUUGGGGUGCUAUUGCUUUCUCCUUCUCUAGCCGGACCUGGACCCGUACGGUUCCUAGUUUGAAAACAUGUUGAGAAAAGAGUUGAUCAGUGCUUGUUGAUUCUCUUACACUUUGAAAUGGAAAUGUGUUUUAAUAAAUUCUGGCUUUCUAAUUA